AUGAGUGGGAAGUUUAGAGCUAAUGUGUGUCUUGUUCAAAGUGGCGAGAAAAGACGUGAAAUUUGCCGCGCGAUUGUUCCCGCAGUAGAAAAUGUAUAUAUUUGGGACGCUAGACUUGGCGAAAAAGUGAAUGUCUUACAAGGUAACAAGAGCGAAGUGACAUGUCUCUGCCUCAGUCCUAACUCUGAACAUCUUGCUGUUGGGUAUGGUGAUGGUGUCAUCAGAAUUUGGAAUAUAAAUAAUGGUACAUCCUCAGUGACAUUUAGUGGUCACAAGACAGCAGUUACAGCUCUUAACUAUGAUUAUACUGGUGUCAAAUUGGUGUCUGGAUCAAAGGAUACAGAUGUGAUUGUUUGGGAUAUAAUUAAUGACUCAGGAAUGUUCAGACUUAAAGGUCAUAAAGGAAUGGUGACUUGUUGUCGGUUUCUUCAUUUUCAAAAUGUUCUUAUAACUAAUUCCAAAGACACUUUCGUGAAAUUUUGGGAUCUUGAUUCACAGCAUUGUUUUCUUACCUUGGUUGGUCAUAAAACAGAGGUUUGGGGCUUUGUCGUCGUCAAGAAUGAAACAAGGUUAAUUACUGGUUCUGCAGAUAGUGAAUUGAGAGUUUGGAAAAUUGAGUACAAAGAUGAUAGAACAGAAAGACGCGAAGAAACGAGAAAACGAAAAACAGCAACGCAAUCUAGCGAGGAUGGUGUAGGGGAAAUAGAGUCCAAAUCAAAAGUUUAUUGCCGUGGCUUUGCUUGAUUUUACAAUGAAAAUUUUCUUCACUGAUACAUUGAAGUUCUUCCUAUCCCUCUAUGGUCAUAAAUUACCUGUUGUUACCAUGGAUAUAUCAACGGAUAACGUUCUCCUCGUUUCUGGUGGCGUUGACAAGAACAUUAAGAUUUGGGGUUUGGAUUUUGGUGAUUGUCGAAAAUCAAUAUUCGCCCAUGUUGACAGCCAAAAAAUAUAUCGUGCAUGGUAUAGUUUUGACGCUGAAGAUGACUACUGCUAAAGUUUUCGAAACGUCAGUCAACAUCAAUACCAACAG